AUGGCUCCUUCCAUAGACAGGCAGGGUUACUGGGGGAGGCCGACUUCUACGCUCGAUUGGUGUGAAGAGAAUUAUGUUGUUUCGUAUUACAUCGCUGAAUUUUGGAACACAGUCAGUAACCUGAUUAUGAUCCUUCCGCCCAUCUGCGGCGCUAUCCACACCUUUAAAGACAGGCUUGAGUUCCGUUACGUGUGUGCGUUUUUGGGACUAGCAGCUGUUGGCGUGGGAUCUUGGUGCUUCCACAUGACGUUGCUGUAUGAGAUGCAGUUACUAGAUGAGUUGCCAAUGAUCUACAGCUGCUGUGUCUUCGUCUACUGUCUAUAUGAAUGCUUCAAGCAGGAAAAUGUCAUUCAUUAUUUUCCAAUCACCCUGUUGCUGAUCUUCAGUAUUUCAGUCAGUGUGGUAUACUUGCUUUGGAAAGAACCGGUCUUUCAUCAGGUCAUGUAUGGAGUACUCGUGGGCUGUUUGGUAAUGCGAUCUGUCUUUAUAGUUACGUGGGUGUACCCCUGGCUCAGACCGCUAUGUUACACAUCAUUAAGCGUCUUUCUGUUAGGAUUCGUACUGUGGAACAUUGACAAUCUUCUAUGCGAUUCUCUGAGAGCCACACGGCAGAGACUGCCCCCUGUUGUUGGAGCGGUGACACAGUUCCACGCCUGGUGGCACAUUCUGACAGGCCUGGGCUCCUAUCUCCACAUCCUCUUUAGCCUCCAGAUUCGGUCUACCUACCUCAAACACAGACCAAAAGUCAAGUUUGUAUGCGGAGUUUGGCCUGUGAUGCACAUUGAAUCUCAGAAGACGAGUUGAGAGGACAAGACCCGGAUGAGAGCUGGAGUAAACGAUGGUGGCCAUCCAGCGGUUUUCGCCGAGAGAUCAGACCAAACCUGUUCCGAUGACAUCAGGAAGCAAACGAUUGCUGGAGGUUCGGCUUUCGCCCGCUGCUGCAACG